CGUAGCACCAGGCAUGUACGUCCAGACGUGAGGUAACAAUAAAAGGCCAGACUUUUGAAGGGAGUUUGGCGUGACUCUCUCUCCUCGCAAAACACCGCGACGCGGUAACGGGACUGGUUUGCUAGCUGCUACGCAUGCCGUAACUCCUCUCCUCGAAGCCUGAAAUGAAACCGCAUUAAACCAGGAUCCGCAUUAGCGCCGGGGAGCGUUAUCUUUGGGUACAUUCAGAAGCAGCUCCACAGGUGCUAGCGUCCGUCAUUCCAGCCCUCCAUCAUGGCGGAUAAAAACACCAGGAUCGCCAUCGUCAACCACGACAAAUGCAAACCUAAGAAAUGCCGUCAGGAGUGCAAGAAGAGCUGCCCUGUGGUCCGUAUGGGUAAGCUGUGUAUCGAAGUGACUCCACAGAGUAAGAUUGUGUGGAUUUCAGAGUCCCUGUGUAUAGGAUGUGGUAUCUGCAUCAAGAAAUGUCCAUUCGGAGCGUUGUCGAUCGUCAACCUGCCCAGCAACCUGGAGAAGGAAACCACACACAGAUACUGCGCCAACUCCUUCAAACUGCACCGGCUGCCUAUCCCCAGGCCCGGUGAGGUGCUGGGGCUGGUGGGGACCAACGGUAUCGGGAAGUCCACGGCUCUGAAGAUCCUGGCUGGAAAACAGAAACCCAACCUGGGGAAGUUCGAUAAUCCUCCAGACUGGCAGGAGAUCUUGACCUACUUCAGAGGAUCCGAGCUGCAGAACUACUUCACCAAAAUCCUGGAGGACGACCUGCGGGCCAUCGUCAAACCACAGUACGUCGACCAGAUCCCAAAGACCGUCAAGGGGUCAGUAGGGGCCAUCCUGAGCAGGAAAGACGACACAGACACACAAGACAUCGUCUGUGAACAGCUAGACCUGAGUCACCUGCGGGAGAGGAACGUGGAGGAUUUGUCCGGCGGAGAGCUGCAGAGGUUCGCCUGCGCCGUCGUCUGCAUCCAGAGGGCCGACAUUUUUAUGUUUGAUGAACCGUCCAGUUAUCUGGAUGUUAAACAGAGGCUGAAGGCUGCCAUCACCAUCCGCUCACUCAUCACCCCGGACAGGUAUAUCAUUGUGGUGGAGCACGAUCUGAGCGUGUUGGACUACCUGUCUGACUUCAUCUGCUGUCUGUACGGCGUCCCCAGCGCCUAUGGGGUCGUCACUAUGCCCUUCAGCGUCCGAGAGGGCAUCAACAUCUUCCUGGACGGUUACGUUCCCACGGAGAAUCUCAGGUUUCGUGAGACCUCGUUGGUCUUCAAGGUGGCUGAGACGGCCAAUGAGGAGGAGGUGAAGAGACUCAGGCACUACCAGUAUCCGGAAAUGGCAAAGACGAUGGGCGAGUUCACGCUGGAGAUCAAAGGAGGAGAAUUCACCGACUCUGAGAUCAUGGUGAUGCUGGGAGAGAACGGCACAGGGAAGACGACCUUUAUCAGGAUGUUGGCUGGAGGACUCAAACCUGACGGUGGAGGUGAGGUUCCCAUCCUGAACGUCAGCUACAAGCCUCAAACCAUCAGCCCGAAGUUCAAGGGCAGCGUCAGAGCGCUGCUGCACGAGAAGAUCAGAGACGCCUACACUCACCCGCAGUUCAUCACCGACGUCAUGAAGCCGCUGCAGAUCGAGAGCAUCAUAGACCAGGAUGUGCAGAACCUGUCUGGCGGUGAGCUGCAGAGAGUCGCUCUCACUCUGUGUCUGGGGAAACCAGCUGACGUGUACCUGAUUGACGAACCUUCGGCUUACCUGGACUCCGAGCAGAGAUUGAUGGCCGCCAGGGUCAUCAAGAGGUACAUCCUCCACGCCAAGAAGACGGCGUUCGUGGUGGAGCACGACUUCAUCAUGGCGACGUACCUGGCCGACAGAGUCAUCGUGUUCGACGGUCUUCCCUCCAAGCAGACCGCAGCUAACACGCCUCAGAGUCUGUUAGCGGGGAUGAACCGGUUUCUGUCGCUGCUGGAAAUCACAUUCAGAAGAGACCCGAACAACUUCAGGCCGCGCAUCAACAAGCUCAACUCCAUCAAGGACACCGAACAGAAGAAGAGCGGAAACUAUUUCUUCCUGGACGACUAAGGCGCGACACUCUGCGUGACCAACUCUGACUUCCUGCGACACCCCCACGGGGCUGCGUUUUCAACAAACAGCGAAUAUGUCUAAAAUCAUAAGAAACUGAGAAAAACAAACAUCAGCCUUCGUGUACCGGGCUGCAUUCAAUAGCCAGCGAUGUUGUGAAACAUUAAAAAUAAAAAAAAGUGCAGUGCAUUCUGUGUCCGUCAGCCCGAACGUGCGGGGCUGAAUUCACGAGCCAGCGACAUUGUGGGACAUUAAGCAGCGUAUUUUAAACACUCAUGCAUUUACAAGAACUGAUAAUAAACUGAAAAUACCUGAAACCAGAA